AUGUCCUUACUUUUUGAUGAAGAAGGGUUAAGUAAAAGUGAACUCAAGCAGUGGAUUAAAAGUGACAAGGAAUCUUUGGCGAAAUUCGAUGAGUCGUUUGACAAACUAACAAAAUUGCAAAUGAUCGAACAAAAUGAAAGGGUGGUGUUAAAUAGAUCAUUUCGACGAAGCUUUCAGGACUGUUUGACUGGAAGCGGAGCUCGUCAAAGUUUCGGUAUUCCGUUGGAAAAACACAAGAGCAAACCAUUGGACGCCAGUCUGCUAGAUCAACACGCAAUAGAAAAGUGGGAGAGCAUAUUACAUUUCAUGGUGGGUACGGAAAAAAGUCAUAUUCCAAGUGCUUCGGUGUUGAAGGUGGUGACAAAAGCGAAUUUGAUGGAAGAAAACAAUCGGGGUAAACUCGAGAUAACAAAUAAAGGAUUUCAAUUCUUGCUGCAAGAUGUUAAUACUCAAGUGUGGGCAUUUUUGAUUCAAUACCUGGAUUUGGCUGGCGAGAUGUUAAAUAUGAACGUCGUGGAGGUGUUGAAUUUCUUUUUUAUGCUUGGAAGUCUGGAGUUGGGCCAAGAUUAUUCGGUGGACGGUUUAACGGCCACACAACGACAACUACUAGACGACCUAGAAAACUAUGGACUCGCUUAUCGUCGCAAAAAAAGUUCGUCAAGGUAUUAUCCGACGCGACUUGCCACAACCCUUACUUCGGGAAAUUCGGCUACCAUCACGAAUAAUUCUAAUGUAGAUUUAGAUGCUGGUGAAGGUGCUGCCACCGAACAAGGAUUCAUAAUUGUUGAAACCAAUUCCAAACUCUAUGCCUAUACAAAAUCGCAACUGCAAAUUUCCGUGUUGAACUUAUUUUGCGAAUUGCAAUUUCGAUUCGCCAACAUGGUAACUGCAACGAUCACACGUGAUAGUAUUAGGAGUGCUCUAAAAAAAGGUAUUACUGCACAACAAAUUAUCUCUUAUUUGACUUCACAUGCUCACCCGCAAAUGAAGAAGCGUCCAGCCUUGCUCCCAUCAACGGUAAAGGAUCAAAUUCAAUUGUGGGAAAUGGAACGUAAUAGGCUGGUGGCACAAGAAUGUCACCUCUACAAAGACUUUCGUACAUCGUCUGAUUACGAAAUGAUUUUAAAACAUGCAAAUAAAUUAGGAGUGGUCAUAUGGUCGAACGAUUCAAGACGGAUGUUUGGCGUGACCGAGGCAGGAAACGAACACGUCAAGGCUUUCAUAAGGAAAAAGAUGGCACAAAGAAGAAACAACGGCGGUGACACGAGCAGUGCCAACGGUACACCCGCUAG